AUGAAUGACGCACUACUGUACAAGUUGAACAACGGGCUCUCAAUUCCAGCCCUCGGUGUUGGAUGUUGGAUGGGGCAAGUUGGGGAAAGCGACCAAGUCAGACAGAUGAUAGUGUGGGCACUUGAAUUGGGCUAUCGCCACAUCGACACGGCAUCGAACUACGGGAAUGAGGAGUCCGUCGGGAAAGGCCUGCGAGACUCUGGCGUUGAUCGUGCAGAAGUGUUUAUUACAACCAAGCUUGCGAGCGAAGAUCAUGGUCGAGUGUCCGCAGCCCUCGACGAGAGCCUGGUUAAGCUCGGCACAUCAUACGUGGAUCUCUUCUUGAUGCACUGGCCCCAGGCUUUAACGAAGACUGGCGAGGCUCUUCCUCCCGAUGCGAGCCCAACGAUUGCUGAAACAUGGCGUGAGAUGGAAAUUCUCGUCGAAACUGGCAAAGCGAAAAGCAUCGGCGUGUCAAACUUCAGUAUCAAGUUACUUGACAAACUCCUCGAAUCUGCACGCAUCAUCCCAGCGAUCAACCAGGUUGAAGCGCAUCCUUGUCUACCACAACACUCUUUAUUAGAAUAUUGCCGACAUAAAGGCUUACUGCUCACGGCAUACUCCCCCGUGGCCAAGAAUAAGUUAUCCGGUAACGACGUCUUGGGUGAAAUUGCUGCGAAGCAUAAUGCAACGGUGGCCCAGGUGCUACUUAGCUGGGGUAUAGGCCGCUCGACUAUCGUCAUCCCGAAGAGUGCAAAUCUUGAGCGGUUGAAAGAAAACCUGACCUUGAUUUCUCUCAGUCCAGAGGAGAUGCGGAUUAUCAACGAACUCCACAAGGAAGAAGGGAUGCAUCACAGUGUGUGUGGCUUUCACUCCGCAGCGCUUGGUGGGUCUUGUUUUGGCUGGACGUACGAGCAACUUGGAUGGGAGAUGGCGCUGGGUGGCGUAGUCCCGAGGUAA